GGUUUGUCAAGGCGUUCUUUUAUCCAUAGUGGCUAUUUUAUAUCAGAACUUCCGUUAACUAACACAGCGUCUAGCCAUAGCUAGCUGUCAACGAAAUCUGUCGAUGACAUUUUUGCUACACCUAUGUUAAUAUAAGCAUCAAGUUAAAGGAAAUGGAGAAGUCGUACACGAAGGCCCAUCACUGUCAGACUUUUUGUAGCAUUUGAUAUUUUUCUUAGGCUGAAAAAAUCAGGGCUCAUCCUCAUUCCCUAUCAUAAUGAUGUCGUUAAAUAUCCGAGAGCGACAGAUUGCCGCUCUCAAGCACAUGCUCAAUCUAAACGUGUCCCAAAAAGGGAAAGCCAAUGAGCCCGUUUGGAAGGUGCUGGUCUAUGAUCGUGCCGGCCAAGACAUCAUUUCGCCACUGCUGUCCGUGCGUGACUUACGUGAUCUUGGGGUCACUCUACAUCUCUUGAUUCAUUCUGACAGAGACCCUAUCCCGGAGGUUCCCGCCGUCUACUUUGUUGCUCCUAGUCAAGAAAACAUCAGCCGCAUUGGUCAAGACUUUCGCAAUGAACUCUAUGAUCAAUAUUAUCUGAAUUUCAUAUCUCCAUUGUCUCGCCAAUACCUUGAAGACUUGGCUUUGGCAGCAAUUAGCGCCAACUGUGUACAGAACGUGUCCAAAGUCUUUGAUCAAUAUCUGAAUUUCAUCACAAUUGAUAAUGACAUGUUCCUGCUGAAGCAGCAUGGCCGCGAAGAGGUUAGCUACUACGCACUGAAUCGAGGCUCGGUCUCAGAUAUUGAAAUGGAUUCUGUGAUGAAUUCAAUUGUCGACUGUCUGUUCUCGGUAUUCGCAACCCUUGGUACCAUACCAUUCAUUCGGGCUCCAAAAGGCAACGCGGCCGAAAUGGUGGCCGAAAAGCUCGAUAAGAAGCUCAAGGAUAACCUGCGCGAUAUGCGGAACUCGCUAUUCUUAGAUAUGACCCCUGGGCAGUUCUCGUUCCAAAGACCGCUCCUGGUCAUCCUUGACCGAAGCAUGGACAUGGCUACCCCUCUCCAUCAUACGUGGACGUAUCAAGCGUUAACCCACGAUGUACUGGACUAUAAAUUGAAUCGUGUUACGCUCGAGGAAGCUGUAGGGCCGCCAGGUCAUCUCACCGGCACGAAGCCUCGUGUUAAGACACGCACGUAUGAUUUGAAUGUGAGCGACAAGUUCUGGCAACAGCACAAAGGAAGCCCAUUUCCAACAGUAGCUGAAGCAGUUCAGGAGGAGCUGGAAAAGUACCGUGCCUCAGAAAAAGAAGUCAAAAGACUUAAGGCUCAAAUGGGACUUGAUGGCGAUAAUGCUGAUGAAGCAAUGGGUUUGCUAAAUGACAAUACAGCUAAGCUAACAAACGCCGUCAGUUCCUUGCCUGAACUUCUCGAAAAGAAACGUCUGAUUGAUCAACAUACAACGAUUGCCACUGCAAUCUUGGACGAGAUCAAAGCUCGUAAGUUAGACACUUACUUCGAAAUAGAAGAAAAGAUACUCGGAAGGCAAACACUGGAGCGAAGCAUACAGGAUACGUUAGCCGAUCCUCAGGCCGGCUCGCCAUGCGAUAAACUUCGUUUGUUCCUCAUCAAUUUCAUUUGUAACCAGAUAUCGCCGGAAGAGUUUAAGGAGUACGAGGCACUCUUGGAAAAGGCUGGCUGCGAUCUGAAAGCUGUUAAAUACCUCAAAAGGUGGAAGGACUUCAGCCAAAUGCAGGUGCAAGCACAGCAGGCGUAUGCUGGCUCGGGUACGAAAACUGUCGGCAUGUUCUCUAAACUAAUGUCACAAGGAAGUCAAUUCGUUAUGGAGGGGGUCAAGAACUUGGUAGUAAAGAAACACAAACUACCAUUGGCUAGAAUUGUAGAAUCUUUAAUGGACUUAAAAUCAGGACCGGACACUGAUGAUUUUCGUUAUUUUGAUCCCAAGCUUCUUCGAGGAUCUUCACCCGAGUUUGGGGCUAGUCGCACACAGACGCCGUUUUAUGAUGCGAUUGUGUUUGUUGUUGGUGGAGGUAAUUACAUUGAAUACCAGAACCUCAUUGAGUGUAUGCGGACGAAAUCGACUCCGCGAAACGUCAUCUACGGCUGUACAGAACUAAUGAACGCUCGACAAUUUGUACAACAACUUAGUUGUUUAGGCGACGAAAUUAACUAAUGAGUAAUGGAGGCCUUUC